UAUUCCAUCUGAAAAUGGUUCCAUGGCUGUGUAUCUUUUUUUCUUACUUGUUGUUCUACAAAUCAAGUUGUGAGCUCAUAACUUCUCUUCCUGGACAACCUACAAAUAUAUUCUUCAAACAAUACUCUGGUUAUAUUGUUACAAAUUCUCAACGUGGUAGAUCUCUCUUUUAUUAUUUUGUCGAAGCGGAUUCAGAAAAUGCAACAUCACUUCCCCUUACUCUCUGGCUCAAUGGAGGCCCUGGUUGUUCAUCUGUGGGGUUUGGUGCUUUUAUGGAACAUGGUCCUUUUCAGCCAGGGAAAGAUGGGAGACUAAUCAAAAACAAGUAUUCUUGGAAUUUAGAAUCGAACAUGUUAUACGUUGAGUCCCCGAUUGGAGUAGGAUUUUCAUACUCGAAUACAAGCUCAGACUACACCAAUUUGGAUGAUGUUGCAACAGCAAAGGAGAAUCUCCAAUUUAUACUCAACUGGUUAGAGAAAUUCCCCGAAUAUAAGAACUCGGAAUUAUUCUUAGCUGGUGAAAGUUAUGCAGGUCACUAUAUUCCACAGCUUACAGUAUUGCUGCUUGAUUACAACAGAAAUCCUAAUGUUAAACCUAUCAAGCUUAAAUCAAUUGCACUGGGGAAUCCACUUCUAGAUCUUGAAAUAAGCGUCAAGUCUUCCGAAUAUCUAUGGUCACAUGGUGCAAUUUCUGAUGAACUGCUUACUAUGAAAAGAACAAUCUGUAACGAAACGAGGUUGUUGUUGGAAUCAAUACAUAAUAAUAUGUCUAACGACUGCUCGGAAGUGGGGGAACUCACCAAUGAGGAGAUGGGAAGUGAUACAGACAUGGGCGAUCUGCUCGCACCAAUAUGUGUAUCUUCUGGUGCAGCAGGACAACUAGGAGUCCUUGGAACACUUGCCACAAUACACAAAAAGGACGUGCGAAAAAUUGGUGAUCCAUGCCUUAGUGAUAGGAUAAAUAUGUACCUUAACAAGCCAGAAGUUCAAAAGGCACUACAUGCCAACACCACUCACCUGCCAUAUGCCUGGGAUUUUUGUUUGGGGCACCUUCAGUAUCAAAGAGGUGAUUUAGCCAUAAAUGUUAUACCUCUAUUGUCAAAUAUUCUAAAAGAGAAUAUCCAAGUUCUGCUUUACAGUGGAGACCAAGAUACAAAAAUCCCACUGACCCAAACUAGGAAAAUUGCUAAACUACUUGCUAGAGAUUUAAAGCUAGUUGCUUUAGACAAAUAUGGUCCUUGGUAUGAUGACAUGCAGAUUGGAGGAUGGAGUCAAUCAUAUGGAGGGGUAAGAGAAGGCAAAAAUGUAACAUAUUUAACAUUUGCUACAGUUAGAGGUGCAGCUCAUGAAGUUCCUUAUACUUCUCCUUCACAAGCUCUUACUCUUUUUAGAGCAUUUCUGAAAGGACAAUCUCCAUCGCGAAGGAACAACACCAUUCGAGCCAACAAGUUGCAUAACCCUAUCGAUAUGAUGAACCUCUUUUCUAUUGCAAAUUAAUUAGAUAAGUGUUUCCUUGUGUAUGAGUUUCAUUAUAUAAGGCUUUAACUUGUUUGGUUUU